AUGCUGAGAUAUCUGCAACCUUUGGGAUGUGUGCAUGGUGGCGAGGGGCUGACUGAUAUGAGAUUACCUCUUUUAAGGGAAAUUGUUAUUAAUGAGUCAAGAAACUGCUCCUUUAUGAUAAUUAGCACCAUGGAGCCUCAGGUGUCAAAUGGCCCGACAUCCAAUACAAGCAAUGGACCCUCCAGCAACAAUAGAAACUGUCCUUCUCCCAUGCAGACAGGGGCAGCCACAGAUGACAGCAAAACCAACCUCAUAGUCAACUAUUUACCCCAGAAUAUGACCCAAGAGGAAUUCAGGAGUCUCUUUGGGAGCAUUGGUGAAAUAGAAUCCUGCAAACUCGUGAGAGACAAAAUUACAGGACAGAGUUUAGGGUAUGGAUUCGUUAACUAUAUUGAUCCAAAGGAUGCAGAGAAAGCCAUCAACACUUUAAAUGGACUCAGACUCCAGACCAAAACCAUAAAGGUCUCCUAUGCCCGCCCGAGCUCUGCCUCAAUCAGGGAUGCUAACCUCUACGUUAGCGGCCUUCCCAAAACCAUGACCCAGAAGGAACUGGAGCAGCUCUUCUCGCAAUAUGGCCGUAUCAUCACCUCACGGAUCCUGGUUGAUCAAGUCACAGGAGUGUCCAGAGGGGUGGGAUUCAUCCGCUUUGAUAAAAGGAUCGAGGCAGAAGAAGCCAUCAAAGGGCUGAAUGGCCAGAAGCCCAGCGGUGCUACAGAACCGAUUACUGUGAAGUUUGCCAACAACCCCAGCCAGAAGUCCAGCCAGGCCCUGCUCUCCCAGCUCUACCAGUCCCCCAACCGGCGCUACCCCGGGCCGCUUCACCACCAGGCCCAGAGGUUCAGGCUGGACAAUUUGCUUAAUAUGGCCUAUGGCGUAAAGAGACUGAUGUCUGGACCAGUCCCCCCUUCUGCUUGUCCCCCCAGGUUCUCCCCAAUCACCAUUGAUGGGAUGACAAGUCUUGUGGGAAUGAACAUCCCUGGUCACACAGGAACAGGCUGGUGCAUCUUUGUCUACAACCUCUCCCCUGAUUCCGAUGAGAGUGUCCUCUGGCAGCUCUUUGGCCCCUUUGGCGCAGUGAACAACGUCAAGGUCAUCCGCGACUUCAACACCAACAAGUGCAAGGGAUUCGGCUUUGUCACCAUGACCAACUAUGACGAGGCCGCCAUGGCCAUCGCCAGCCUCAACGGGUACCGCCUGGGAGACCGAGUCUUGCAAGUUUCCUUUAAAACCAACAAAGCCCACAAGUCCUGA